CAUGCCAGACAACACCAGCCCAUCGGUCGCAAAGACAGCCGUCAUCAGCGGCGGAGCACGUGGCAUUGGCCGCUGUAUCGUGCGCAGAUUUCUUGAGCGAGGCUAUAAGGUCUUCGUCUUGGACAUUGACGAGGAGGAGCUGAAACACGCGACUACGGUGCACUUGAAGCAAUACUACGACAAGAAACAAGUCAGUUCGGCCAUCUGCAAUUUGCGAUCCGUCGACGAGAUUCGCGACAAGGUCAAAGAGGCUGCGGACUUUUUGGGAGGCCGCAUCGAGGUCGUGGUCAACAACGGAGGCAUCGCUUCACCUACUUGGAAAGAUGGCAAGGCGAUGGACGAUCUCGACACCUUCUCCCAAUGGCAGGCCUACAUCGAGACCAACCUUACCGCCCCCUUCGCAGUGUCGCAAGCCUGCCUCCCCUACAUGAAGCUCGAAGACAAGAAAGACUCUCAUCACGCCGAUGACUCAGACGCCGGCCCUGUUGUCAUUCACAUUGGCUCUUUCCGUGCAGAAAUGAGCGACCCCAACCAAGAAGGCUACGCAUCCAGCAAAUCAGGUCAGAUCGGUCUCAUGCACAGCAUGGCCAUCAGUCUGGGCCGCUGGGGCAUUCGCUGCAACCUAGUCGCUCCCGGUCGCAUCAAGGUCGCCCAUGAGUCCAAGGACGGUGAUGAAAAGGGCAUUAAAUGGGCACACCAAAACGAAGACAAGGAUGUCGAAGACCACGCUACCAACCGAGCCGGCAGACCAAAGGACAUUGCGGACGCCGUCGAAUACCUAGUCAACGCUGGCUUUGUUACUGGACAAGCUAUCACCGUCGACGGUGGCGCUGUUCGAACGAAG